AUGGGGAAGAAAUUAUGGCCGAAAGAAAUCGCCGCCACCAGCUGCUCUGCGCCUCUGCCCUCGAACUCAGCGGCGGAAUUGAACCAUGGGGAGGGUUCAAGAAGCGGCGGCCGACGGCGGAGCUCUCUCCAUCGGGGAUGGGGACUACUGCUGGUGAAGGGAAGAGAAGAGGAAGACAUGGGCAGAGCUCUGGACGGGCUUCGACUUUCGCCUUUCGGGCUUGAGAGAAGCGGCGGCCGGUGGCCGCUAGUUGGUGAAGAGAAGAGAACGACGAAGUGUGGUCUGGAGCGCCGCGCCGCGGCGUGCUGGCUGCUGGGUUUCGCCUCGGGAUUGAGAGAGUAA